CACUCCCUUCCCGCCAUCCUUGAACAACAGCAAAAACCUCUCAAAACCACCCCAAAGAACGCAACACCUCUCCAUGUAACAUUUCAUAUUAAAAAAAAAGGGGAAUCCAUGGCGACAGCCCUCUCGAAUCUCUCCAGAGGCUCCUCUUCGUCGUCACCGAUGACACCUCCGAGGAGCGCCAUGGAGUCAUGCUUCGUAUCCACACGAGACGGGAUCGUUCUCCAUGCCAGGCUCUUCAAGCCCACCCCCACCACCGCUGAACCUUCCCCUUCCCCUUCCCCUUCCGCCUCCGCCCAAGCCGCCACCGCGGUGGUUCUCGUCCAUCCUUACUCGAAACUCGGCGGCUGCCAGGUCAUCAUGCACGGCAUUGCCUCCAGGCUCUCCAUCAAAGGGCUUACCGCGGUCACAUUCGACAUGAGAGGUGUCGGAAGAUCAACCGGCAAGUCCUCCAUCACCGGAAUCCCCGAAAUCGAGGAUGUUGUCGCUGUCUGCAAUUGGGUUUCCGACAACUUGCCUGUCGACAGGAUCUUGCUUGUCGGGUCAUCCGCAGGAGCUCCAAUUGCUGGCUCGGCGCUGGAUCACCUGGAGAAAGUAGUGGGAUACGUGAGCAUAGGCUAUCCUUUCGGCUUGGCAGCUUCGUUUCUGUUUGGAAAGCACUACAAGCCAACGUUGAAGGCGAGGAAGCCGAAGCUGUUCAUAAUGGGGAGUGCAGACUGGUUCACGAGCGUGCGGCAGCUGAAGAGCAAGGUGAAGAGCUGCGAUGGCAGAGCAGAGAUGCAUCUAAUACAGGGAGCUGGUCAUUUUGAAGUAGAAGGCCCUGCUUUUGAUUCCGUCAUGGUCAAUUUGAUUGUAGAGUUCCAUGAAACGCUAUAAAACUGAUUGACAUUUUCUUUUCCUGUAUGAAAGUUGCAAUACUCAAUCAUGGAAUGGAAGUAACGUUCUUUGGGCUCUGGUUUAAGAG